AUGGAUCCUACAAAUCCGAGUAUCCUUCGACCCAUCGUGUAUUAUGAAUUUCUACAAGGACAUUCUGCAAGAGAAGCAGCUAAUAACAUCUGCGCUGCAUUCAAGAAAGAUGUGGUACACCAUUCCACUGUCAGUCGCUGGUAUCACCGCUUCGAGUCCGGAGAUAUCUCUAUCGAAGGACAGGAACGUCCUGGACACCCGUCAACUCUUCAUGAUGAUGAUUUGCGCAGCGCUUUGAUCUCAAAGCCGAACAUAACCACUCGGGAAGUAGCAACGACUUUCGGGUGUAGCAAAUCAACCUGUCGCAUUAUUUUCUGGACAACCCAAUAUAUCGUUUUGGUGCUGACUAAAAAGCUCAACCACGGCUUCCAUAGCGGACCCAUUGCUGACAUUUGUGUAGAGGGCAUCUACAUCGAAGGACACCAUGACGCAGGAACCACUGAGCUGCAGUGCGCCAAGGCGAUCCAGCAACAUUUGGGGGGUUGUGAGGUGGGAAGGAAUGAGCUUAUUCUCUCCCACCUCACAAAUAAACUUACUUCGACCGUCGGUGCCGGUCCAAAUUCUCGUCAGCUUCCAUCAGUUGUCCUGGAACACUUCAUCCUCGCACCUUUUUUUAAGGGACUCAUCGUGAUAAGCGGUUGA